AUGUGUGAUCACAAGGAAGGAAACGUGAUUGGCCUUGAUCUCAGUUGGAGUGGUCUGGUUGGUUCUCUCCAAUCAAACAGUGCCCUCUUCUCACUUCAAAACCUCCAAUGGCUCAACCUUGCCGGCAAUGAUUUCGACGACUCUGAAAUCCCGUCUGAGUUUAGUAAGUUGAAAAGUCUAACAUAUCUCAAUCUCUCUGGCAUAGGACUCACUGGUUUUGUCCCACCUGAAAUCUCUCUUUUGUCAGAACUAGUUUCGCUUGAUCUCGGUCUGAAUCAUCUUUUGUUUAGGAGCCAUGUUUUUAACAUGCUUGUCCAUAACCUUACAAAAUUAGAAAAUAUGAUCCUUGACCUUAUGGAUUUGUCUUUGGUUGUACCCUAUUCUUUCCUUAACUUGACUGUCUCAAUGAAGCAUCUGAGUCUCUUUCCCUGUCAUCUGCAAGGAAAAUUUCCAGCUGAAAUUUUACAAUUUCCAUAUCUUGAAAAUAUCAUUCUUCAGUUUAACGUCGAUCUCAUUGGUCAUCCACCUGAAACAAAUUGGAGUAGUCCCCUUAGAGUGUUGGAUGUUUCACAGACGAGGUUUUCAAAAGAGUUGCCAGACUCAAUUGGAAACCUUAAACACUUGAAAACACUUAACCUUCGAGGUUGUGAUUUUAUGGGGUCAAUCCCUUCAACACUUGGAAACCUCACAAAAAUCACCUUCUUGGAUAUCUCAGGCAACAUGUUCCAAGGGCAAAUUCCAGAUGUUUUUGGGAACUUAAACGAUCUAAGUUCCAUGGAUUUUUCCCAUAACAAUUUCAGUGGGUUCUUGCCAUCAUCAACAUUUAACCUCACCGGCCUUACUUUCCUGGACUUCUCUUCCAAUUUCCUUCAGGGUACCCUUCCCAACAACGUACGUGGACUUCCAUAUCUAAGAGAACUCCACUUAAAUGCAAACUUGCUUAAUGGCAGAGUACCAGGUUGGUUGUUUAGUCUACCAUCUUUGAAUUGGUUGGACCUCAACUCUAACAAACUUAAUGGUCCCAUUGACCCAAUUCAAGAGCCUAAUCUAGUCCAAUAUGUCGAUUUGUCAGAGAAUGAAAUCCAAGGACCAAUUCCAGGUUCUUUCUUUGACCUUGUGAACCUUAUUGAUCUUUACAUUUCAUCAAAUAACUUGAGUGGCAAUAUCAAGUCAUCCGAGCUUGUGAAGCUUAGGAAUCUAGGGUUACUUGAUCUUUCACAUAACAGCUUACUGUCAUUAACUAGCUGCAAUAAUGGUGCCAAUUCUACACUGCCCAUGGUAAUUGAGUUUCAUUUCUCUUCUUGCAACAUGCAACGUUUCCCAAGCUUCUUGAAUGCAUCCAAGUACUUGCAAGUUUUAGAUCUUUCUAAUAACCAAAUUCAUGGUUCCAUUACAAAAUGGGAAGCCGAAGGAUGGGAGAGCUUGAUUACUUUGAACUUGUAUAUGAACUUCAUGACUGGCAUAGAGCAAGUUCCUGGGAAGCAUCUAUCAGCUCUCGAUCUUCGUUCAAAUUCACUUCAAGGACCACUUCCAGCUUUACCACAGUCAUUGCUUUAUUUCUUAAUCUCAGACAAUGAGUUGGUUGGAGAAAUACCUCCUACUAUUUGCAAUUCGAGUUCUCUUGUUGUACUUGACUUAUCCAAGAAUAAGUUGGGUGGGAUUGUUCCAGACUGUCUUGGCAAUUUUAGACGUCUCACAGUUAUGGAUUUGAGAACGAAUUACUUUCGCGGAAAAAUUCCAACAACAUACGUCAGAUAUAGUUCAUUGAGAACACUUAACCUCAAUGACAACCAACUUGAAGGAUCAAUUCCACAAUCAUUAACGAACUGCUACAGUUUGGAAGUUUUAGAUUUGGGCAACAACAACAUAAAUGAUACAUUUCCUUAUUGGUUAGGUACGCUUCCUAAUCUGCAAGUUCUUGUCCUUCGAUCUAAUAGAUUCCAUGGUGACACACAAAAUUUCAAUGGAUCAUUUACCUUCAGUAGCCUUCGAAUGAUUGAUCUCUCUCGAAAUGAGUUCACUGGUCACAUCCCACCAGAGCUAUUUGAAAAUUUAAAAUCAAUGAAAGAUAUUCAGGUAGACAAAAGUGGUCCAAAGUACAUGGGAGAAUAUUAUUAUCAAGACUCUGUAAUUGUAACAAUGAAAGGGUCGGAUUUCAAACUUGAGAGAAUUUUAACUUCUUUCACAGUUAUUGAUUUUUCAAGCAACCAUUUCAAGGGGUCGAUUCCUAAAGAACUUGGAGAACUCAACUCAGUCAUAGUGCUCAACUUCUCACACAAUAGCUUAGCAGGUAAUAUCCCACCAUCACUUGGAAAAAUGGCAGCACUUGAAUCAUUGGAUCUCUCGUCAAACAAGCUUCAAGGAAGAAUCCCAGUGCAGUUAACUGACUUGACAUUUCUUGGAGCAUUGAAUCUUUCUAAUAACAAUCUUGAGGGGCAUAUACCGUUAGCUAAUCAUUUCGAUACUUUCUCAAAUGAUUCCUUCGAUGGCAACUCCGGACUAUGUGGAUUUCCAUUGUCAAAGAAAUGUGGCAACGAUCAGGAACCAGAAUCACCUCCAUCAACAGUUGCUGAUGAAUCUGAAACAAGUAUUUGGAAAAUUGCAGCAAUGGGUUAUGGAAGUGGACUAGUGCUUGGAUUGAGUAUGGGAUACAUAGUUUUCACAACUGGGAGACCUCGUUGGCUAGUGAAGAUGAUCAAGCGAAACCCACAAAAGAGAAGAAGGAUCCGUCGAAAUGGAAGGAGAAAGAAUUAG